AUGACAGAAUGGAACCAAACAGAUAUCCGUAUGUUACGCUUCAUCCUCAUCAGUUUCUCAGGAUUCCAGGAUGGGCCAUCACACGCAGCCCUCAUUUCCAUUUUCUCUGUGAUAUAUGCUACAACACUUGUAGAAAAUAUUUUAUUUAUACUUGUUAUUCUUUCAGAUAGUAGAUUACAUUCCCCUAUGUAUAUUUUGAUUUGCAACCUCGCAAUAUUAGAUAUUUGUAUUCCAACUGCUACUAUUCCUCAAAUGUUGCAUGGCUUGACAAGCGAUGACCACUCAAUCACAUCUGGUGGCUGUAUUGCCCAAAUGUCAUUUUAUGUCAUUUUUGGAAUUACAGAAUAUUUAAUUCUGGCCCUCAUGGCUUUUGAUCGUUAUCAAGCCAUCUGUAAACCACUUCAUUAUCCAACUGUGAUGACCAACAAAUUUGUUCUCAUAUUGGCUCUUCUUUGUUGGACACCUGGGACAUGUAUAAAUUUCAUGCAUGUAUAUUUUGUGCUCAACGCACAGUUUUGUGGACAAAAUAAAGUGCAGUAUUAUUUUUGUGAUUAUUCUGCAGUACUAGCAUUGGCCUGCGGUGAUAUCUUUUUACCAGACACUGUCAAUUUUGUAAUGGUUAUGACCAUAAUGCCCGUAAUACUGACUUGUAUUGUGACUUCUUAUGCAAAAAUAAUUUUGGUGAUCAAAGCUGCCUCCUCUGAAAGUCGCAGGAAGGCAUUUUCUACCUGUGCCAGCCAUCUCUUUGUGCUUUUUGUCUUUGUCCUGGUUGCAUUGUUUGUCUUUAUUUCAUACAGAAUACCUGGCUUUUCUGACGAUGCUCGGAUAUUGACUGCAGUGAUUCAAAAUAUUUUUCCUUCCUUUGCAAAUCCUAUAAUUUAUUGUCUCAAGACAAAAGAACUCAGAGAAGCUUUUUUGAAGAUCCUUAAGAAACACAAAAUCAUAGAGGCAGAAUACUGA